UUCACAGCACAAGAUGGAUCCCUUCGUACCAGUUCUGUUUGCUCUAAUCGUACCACUCUUUGCAGGACCAGUAGACAUUUUACGGAAAAAUGUAUCGUGCGCUGAACUUAAAACAUCUGAUGGCUUCGAGUACAAAUACGACCAUCCGGGUGGAGCUGAUAUUAACAUAUAUCAGAACAAGACCAAGAUUGGUUUUUGGGAAAAUGGAAAUAAACCUAUUCAUUUGACUGAAGUGAUCCGGCUGGACAACAACUCAGUCAUUACUGAAAAAUGCAGCGAUCUGCAAAUACAAGUCUUGAAAUAUGAAGCUCAACUUGUGAAAGAGAACUGGUUUUACUUCCUGGUAGCAGUUUCUGUGAAUUUAACAGUGAAUACUAUGAAACCUGAUCCUGAAACACCACCGAGCCACGACUACAACAGGAAGUUGAUUAUGUCUGAUGGAGCUGUUGGAGCUGUUGGAGCUGUUGGAGCUUUUGGAGCUGUUGGACUCAUUGUGGUCAUUGUUCUUUUUUGCUGCUACAUGUCUUGGAAAUUGAAAAUGAAGAGGCAGCAAAAAGCAGCUACAUGCUCUGAGUAUUUCAGAUACCUACGGACUCGCUAUCCUAUCAAAAAGCAGAGCCCCACGACACCGGCAGAGAGUUCAGGGACAGGAGAAACUAGAGGAAGUGAAAUCCAAGAGGCCUCAGCUGCUACAGAGUCUCAACAAAAUGGUAUUAGCCUGGUCGAAUAUGUUUCUGCCACUGAUCCACGUGGCAGUGGAGAAAAUGGGGUGGAGCAGGACAGCUCUCAUGGAUCUAUGCAUGUUGUCAGUAUUCAUCCUCAGAGUAACAGUCUGGACCACAAAUUGAGAAACGAGGAAAUCCAGUCAACUUCAAAUGAAGACCUAAACACCCCCGAUGUCGACAGAGCCUCUCCUCAUGGAGAAAUUAACAGUGUCAGGAACAUGAGAGAUGAUCCGGGAGGGAACAAGGAAUGUGUGGGAGUGGACAUCCCAGAUUCUGACAUGAUAGCUGAAGCCGAACCUCUGGUGAACAAGAGCGGCUAUGGCCAAGACCAUGUGGGCAGGUCCUUUGCCACACCUGGAACUGACGUGGAGUCAAACCAGUGGAGCCACAGCUAG